GGCAUAUUCUCAAAUCUCAAUCGAAGAGUUCAAACUUCAAAGGGACUUAAAUGAGAUUCCUAGAAAAUUUUAGGACAGACAUUGAGCCCCCCAAAAUAAGUAUUAACCAAAAUCUCUCUCCUGAUCACCUAGCAAAAGUGAGAAUUUCCCCAGAAAGGAAAAAGCAAAAUCCAGAAAAAAAAGAAAAAAGAAAAAUCAAAUCAAAAACAAGAUUCACAACCCAAAAACUGCUCGAAAAUAUUUCACUUCCUCACUCCACAGAAAGCAAUGUUUUGCUAAAAAAUACAAGGAAAGCCUUUUUUUUUUUUUUUUUUUCAUUCACCUGUCACAUUAGAAAUGGUGGCGAAGGAAUCAAUAUCAUCACUAUUGUGUAAAGAAGAUGUGUGUUUGGUUGCGGAUAUGACCUGUGUUUCGAUCUGUACUUGUGGGAGUUGCUUCUAGUUGCGGGCUUUUUUUUCCUAUUUGAUUUAGGAGCUGUGUAUUGAUUAGUUUCAUGAAUGGCUGACUCGAGCAAAGUUGAUGUUAUCUUGGAAUUUUUGAGGAGGAACAAUUUUAGUAGGGCGGAGGCUGCAUUACGAAGUGAGCUGAGUAACCGUCCUGAUUUAAAUGGUCUUUUUCAGAAGCUUAUGCUUGAGGAUAAGGGAAUAAGCACUCCAUUUGAAGAAGUAAAUGGAGAAAAACCGAUUUUAGAAAACGUAGCAAAUAGUUCUCGGGGCAGUGGGGAUUUUUUGAAAGACUCCAGUUCACGGAGCAGUGGUGAAGUUUCUAACGAGCUUAUUGUCAAAGAGAUAGAAUGCGGAACAGAUAAAAAUGGGUCUGAGAAGAAGUGGAAGACUAUGUCCAGUUCUGGAGAGAAGAGCAAAAUGAAUGAAUCAGUUGGAGCAAGCGACAAAAAUGUUACAUUUUCAAAGGGUUCAGAUGAUUUGGUGCUGGAUUUGCAUGCGUGGAAACAUGCUCACAGUAAUGGCCCAAUUGUAUCUGGUCAGAAUGAUGUUUCAAAUGUUAGCCUGAACAAUUUUUCAGGGUUUCAAGUUUCUGGGAGAUCAAAGCUUAGUUUAGGUGAGGUUAUGGAGAGUGGUAAGGCUAAUGCUAAAUGUGGGGAAGAUGAAAACCCUUCUGGUGAAAAGAGAAUUACAUGGGCUGGAAGUUCAAAUAAGUCAACUCUGGAACUGAAACAUGAGAGAAUUCAAGAUGCUGAUCUUAAAGAAGUUGACCCACCACACAGGCAAACAGGAGGGAGCAUUAAAGAUGAUUCUGGGGACUAUCCAUGGCCCAGAAGUGAGGAACUCUCGCACCCGUCUUCUGAAGUUUGGAAAGACUGUUCUGUGAAAACUAUUCUCCCAUUUUAUAAAAGUGAGACAUCAACCAGUUAUGAUAGUACCAUCACUACUGGUGACAAAAAGGAAGUCAAAAGAAAGACUGAGAUGAAUGAUAUUCGGGCUGCAAUAAAAGAGCAGGUAGAUGAGGUUGGAAGAGCCUUAUACCUUGCAAGGACUCAUGGGAGUGAGCCAAAAGAUUUUAACAGCUACUUUACUCAUGCCAAUGAAAACCAGAAGGAAGAGUUUCCUAGGCUGCCUCCUGUCAAACUGAAGUCAGAAGACAAACCCUUCAACAGUUGGGAAGGGAAGAUUGAAGUUGAUGGAAUCGGCUCGAAGUGUACGACUUCAGAUAAUACUUACCUUAUUGGGUCAUUUUUGGAUGGUUCAAUUGGACAAGAAAUUAACCCUUCAGGUAAUAAACGGCCUGUUGGAGGCAGCUGGUUAUCUGUAAGUCAGGGGAUAUCUGAGGAUACUUCUGAUCUAGUGUCUGGUUUUGCAACUAUUGGCGAUGGAUUGAGUGAAUCCAUUGACUACCCAAAUGAGUAUUGGGACUCUGAUGAAUAUGAUGAUGAUGAUGAUGUUGGCUACAUGAGACAGCCUAUUGAAGAUGAGACCUGGUUUCUGGCCCAUGAAAUUGAUUAUCCAAGUGACAAUGAGAAGGGGACAGGACAUGGGAGUGUCCCAGAUCCUCAAGAUAGAGGACAAAACAAAAAUGAUGAGGACGAUCAGUCAUUUGCAGAAGAGGAUUCCUACUUCUCUGGGGAGCAGUAUUUCCAGUCAAAAAACGUUGAUCCCGUUGGCCCUUCUGAUGAUCCUAUAGGGCUGUCGAUGACUGGAAUGUAUCGAGGAGGUGAUGAGAAUGAUCUCAUUGCACAUUAUGAUGGACAAUUGAUGGAUGAGGAGGAACUGAAUUUGAUGCGGGCAGAGCCUGUUUGGCAAGGUUUUGUCACACAGACAAAUGAACUUAUCAUGUUAGGUGAUGGGAAAGUUGUGAAUGAUUGUGGAAGGCCUCGGUUAGAUGAUGGAAUGGAUGACGAUCAGCACGGUUCAGUAAGAUCAAUAGGAGUAGGGAUUAAUAGUGAUGCUGCUGAUAUAGGCAGUGAGGUCAGGGAAAGUUUGGUUGGCGGUAGCAGUGAGGGGGAUUUAGAGUACUACCCUGAUGCAGAAAUUGGUAUUGGAUUGUCUAGACGAACACAGCGUGAUUCAGAGAAGAACUACUGUGAGUUUCCAAGAACUGACAAAAGGAAGUCAAGCAAAAGCAAUGUAGAUAACUUUAUAGCUGCAACUGAUAAAGAUGUGUAUUCUCAGGCCAAAAAUCACCCGGAUGGUGGGUUUUCCUUUCCUCCUCCUAGAGAUAAAGAGUUGGUUCAGGAGACCUCUGGAAAACCUUCGUGGUCUAAGAAAGGGAAUGCUAUUGUGAGUGAUGAAGCCGAGGAUAAUAUGGUGACGAAUGAUGACAUGCUCGCUCCUUGGAGGCGUAAAAGCAGUGAAUCAUCACCUGUGAAGAGUUCUAAGGAAGAAAGCAAUGCUAACAUUGCGGGAUCUGCAAAUUCUAGCCCUUCAUCAUUUUCUAAUUAUGCAUAUGGUGAGACAGAGCAUGCAAAGAAAGAAGAUGUUGUACUGGCCAGAUCAAGAGCAACAGAAGAAGAUCCAGGUGCCUUACUAGAGGACGAAGAGGCUAUUGCUGUGCAAGAGCAAGUGAAACAGAUAAAGGCACAGGAGGAAGAGUUUGAAACCUUUGAUCUUAAAAUCGUGCAUCGGAAAAACAGGACUGGCUUUGAGGAGGAUAAAAACUUUCAUGUUGUUUUGAAUUCAGUCAUUGCUGGGCGUUAUCAUGUAACUGAGUAUCUUGGAUCCGCGGCAUUUAGUAAAGCUAUCCAAGCACAUGACCUUCACACUGGCAUGGAUGUGUGUGUGAAAAUUAUUAAGAACAACAAGGAUUUUUUUGAUCAGAGCCUUGAUGAGAUAAAGCUUCUCAAGUAUGUGAAUAAGCACGAUCCUGGUGACAGAUACCAUCUUCUUCGCUUGUAUGAUUAUUUUUACUAUAGAGAACAUUUAUUGAUUGUUUGUGAGCUCCUGAAGGCUAAUUUGUACGAGUUUCAUAAAUUCAAUAGAGAAUCUGGCGGGGAGGUUUACUUUACUAUGCCAAGACUUCAGUCAAUAACUAUUCAGUGCUUGGAAGCACUUCAAUUUUUGCACGGUCUGGGCCUUAUACAUUGUGACUUGAAGCCUGAGAACAUUCUUGUCAAAAGCUACAGUCGGUGUGAGGUGAAGGUCAUUGAUUUGGGAAGCAGCUGUUUUGAAACAGAUCAUCUUUGUUCCUAUGUGCAAUCUAGGUCAUAUCGAGCGCCUGAGGUCAUCUUGGGUCUUCCGUAUGAUAAAAAGAUUGAUAUCUGGUCGCUUGGCUGCAUUUUGGCCGAACUUUGUACUGGAAAUGUGCUCUUCCAAAACGAUUCUCCUGCGACUUUACUUGCUCGUGUUAUUGGAAUCAUAGGAUCGAUUGACCAAGGAAUGCUUGCAAAGGGACGGGAUACGUACAAAUAUUUUACCAAAAAUCACAUGCUUUAUGAACGGAAUCAGGAGACCAAUAGGUUGGAAUAUUUGAUCCCGAAAAAGACGUCACUUAGGCAUCGAUUACCUAUGGGUGAUCAAGGGUUCAUUGACUUUGUGGCCCAUCUACUUGAAGUGAAUCCAAAGAAGCGUCCUUCAGCGUCAGAGGCUCUUAAACACCCAUGGCUGUCAUACCCUUAUGAACCGAUAUCUUCUUAAACGGGAUUGGAAUUGCUUUCUUGAUUCAAUCCGCCGAGCUUCUGAGCUCACGCGCUGGUGUUGCUGGGGGAGAAACUCCAAGAAAGUUCUGGAUUUUGUUGAUUUAGUUGAUCCUUACUGGAUUCCAACUCCCCAUGCUUGCGCAAUCGAAGGUGUGAACAGGUAGUAUCUAGAUUUUCUUCCCUCAAAAUUGAGUUUGUAUUAUGACUGAACUCAACCAAAGGAUGUAAGAUUGGAUGAGCCAUAUGUUAACUGUAGGUUUCAUUUUAGUUUUACCUUUACUGGUGGAAGGGAACUCCAAAUCUUGUUGUACAUGAUGUGUGAUCAUUUUUUUAGGCUAUCUAGUAAAAAGCUUGUGCGAUAGCUGGCUCUGGCUUAUCCAAUUUUGGCUUGCCUAUAACUUCUUGGCCGCUCUGUAUUUGUGCAAAAGCAGCCUCUGUAGAAUGCUUCACUUUUUAAGUGUUUGAGGAUGACCAUUGUUUCCAACAAUUUUAAUUAGCUUGAUGGGGUUGGAAUUGAAUCCCGACAGCUUAGGACUUGGGGCCUGGUUAUCCGAUGCAGCUCCCCAGUCCCCUCCAUCCCCUUUCUCUGUUUCUUAGUCACGGGAACUUCAGGGGUUAUGCUACCUAGUGAAUUUAUUCUGGACGAUUUCAUCCAGAGACUUGUGACUGGAAACUGAAAUCUGCAAGUGAGGGAGAAUGCAUCAGUAUUAUGAUGUUUGGAAUAUAGUGUUAUUUCUGAAAGGAUAAGUCCAUAAUGGUUCAAGCUCUGUGUAUUACCCUUUUAUGAUUGUUGAAGGAUUGUUGCAUUUUCUUCUCUGAAAAGGGAAAAGAUAUUAGUUCAACAAACAUGAUUUCAGCACGAUGAAUAGAGAGUCUAAUUGCUGUUGCUUGUCAAAUGAA